AUGUCGCUGGGUGGUGCUGGUAGUAAAACCCCAAAAUCCAAAAAGAAAAAAGCUGUAAGUUGAUUUUUUAGACUUUAUAUCACAAUAUUAAAAUAAAAAAGUGAUUUUUACAUCCUAGACGGUCAUAAAAUAUAGAAAUGUCACAUUUGCUAUACUUAAUAUCUUAGUCUAUCUUAAUAUGUCAGUAUAUCUUAUAUUAGGUUUAUCAAAUAAUUCUGUGCCCCCUUAUCCCUGAUAAUUGAAUUUGAGAGAAAUCACAGAAUUAUGUGAACAACCUUAUAUUAAGAAAAGGUUUUUCAAAAUUUUAAAAUUUUCACUUUUCAGCUGAUCUCACCAGGACAAAACACAGCCUCGACGGAGAGUGCCAGAAAGGUCGUCUCUGAUAGUGUAAGUUCAAUUCGCGCCUCCUCUUUUCUCUUUGAAUUUCUUUAUGUUGUUUUACUAUGAUGUCGCUAAUUUUACUAUGAUUUCACUAAAGAUCAUAAUAAAAAAAGACAUUUCAGUCCGCCCGCGGUGAUCCGAAGAACCCGAUUGGCCAUGGAUAUCGCGAUUCGACCAUCCCAAGACCGAAACUCCCCUUCAGACUCAAGAAACUGGUACGAGUACACAAAGAGGAUACUACUACAAGUGAGGAAGAUGUCAAAGAUCAAAGAGAACUCCCAUCGUAUGUCUAUGUCAACAGUAUUAAGCAGUACCAGGCCAAACUGUGCGCUGACAACAAUUUGGCUGUAGCUAGGGAAAGCGGCCCUAAUUUGGUAAGAUUUAGUUACAUUUCUUGAAACUUCAGGGCUCUGUACUGUGCCGUACAGCAUCAGAAAUCUGUAUUACCUGGUACAGCAUUCACUUGUCUAUAUCAAAAGUAAUGUUUGAACUGUACUAAUAUUUACUAAAGAGGUCAAAAAGUAAAUAGUAACUCAAACAGUAUUAGAAAAAGAAGACAAAACCGCUUAUUUCUUUGCAAAAGUCAGUUUUCCACAAAAUUUUUGACCAAACGUUUUUAAUUUUAUUAUCUAAAAGCCACCAAUAUUGUUUUAGCUACCUGUAAAAUGUCAUUUCAGUUAGACGAGACCAGUAAACUACCACCAAAAAUCACCUACAAACAUCUUCUCUUCUUGAAGCCAAAAGACAUGACAAUUCAGGUAAAUAUCUAA